AUGGCUUGCCCUCACCUCGCCUCUAUCUGUAUGGCAUUCCGUCUGUCCCUCAUUGACUCUGAAAUUUGGCUGACACAGACUUCUUUGGACAGCCCUGAAGCCGCCGACUCCAAGCCACUUACACGGCCUCCCGCCACUUCCUUGACCACGGCUGACCAGAGUCUUCAACAGGAUGACCCCGACGGCCUCGACGUCUGCCUGCAAUGCUUCAACGGAGGCUGCGCCGGUGAUAGGCACCAUGCCAAGCUCCACAAACUCACCAGCUCCCACCCGCUGGCCCUCAACAUCCGCCGCACCCGCAAGAAGGUGGUCCGCGACGAGCCCCCUCCCAAGAUGUCCAAGCUCGCCAUCUCCGCCGAGACAGAGGCCGACAAAUACGAUGCAGCACUUGCUGUCAAGUGCCUCGAGUGUAACACGGAGCUGGACAAGGACGACGCCAAGCUGGCCCCCAUCGUCCAGGCUAUCAUGACGGCAAACACAUUUUCCAAGAAAGAGGAGGUCAAGGCGUGGGAGCAGGAGCUUACGUCUUGUGAGCACAUCCUCACCCUCCAGCAGGAUGAGCCGCGCAAGAUUGCCUCGCAGGACCUGGGCCACUGCUCCAAGUGCGAUCUCAACGAGAAUCUCUGGCUUUGUCUGCAGUGCGGCGCUCUAGGCUGUGGCCGGGCCCAGUUUGGAGGCGUUGGCGGCAACUCGCACGCUCUGGCCCACUCCCAGGAGUCGCACCACGGUGUUGCUGUCAAGCUGGGAUCGAUCACCCCCGAGGGCACGGCGGAUGUCUACUGCUACACCUGUGACGAGGAGCGCAUCGACGACGACCUGGGUCUGCACCUCGCCAACUGGGGCAUUAUCUUGGCGGAGCGGCAGAAGACGGAGAAGAGCUUGACCGAGAUGCAGAUUGAGCAGAACCUGCGAUGGGACUUUUCCAUGACCACUGAGGACGGCAAGGAGCUCAAACCUGUCUUUGGUCCUGGUCUUACUGGCCUCAAGAACCUAGGAAACAGCUGUUAUAUGGCGAGUAUCCUGCAGUGCCUCUACGAUUUCCCUUCCUUCCAGAAGCGCUACGGCGAGGUUACAGAGACUGUCGCCCCGGACGUUUUAGAUCCAGCGGAGGAUCUCGAUACCCAACUUCGCAAGAUCGGUGACGGUCUCCUCUCCGGACGAUACUCGAAGCCCGAUAGCGAUGUGGUGGCGUCGGAGCACUCGCCCGAGAUGCCUUACCAGAGGGGCCUCUCGCCCAGCAUGCUCAAGCAUCUCAUCGGUCGCGGCCAUGCUGAAUUCAGCACUAUGCGCCAGCAGGACGCGCUUGAGCUUCUACAACAUCUGUUCAAGCUCAUCACCCGAUCGAAACACGCGACUCCAGCAGAUGAUCCUACUACAGCCUUCCGUUUCGCCAUGGAACAGCGCCUGCAGUGUCUCAGCUGCAAGAAGGUCAGGUACUCGACGACAGAGCAGGACAGCAUCUUUAUCGACGUCCCGCUCGAGAAGUUACCGGCCACAGAAGGGGAUGGCAACUCGCCGGAUGCAUACAAGCCUGUCACCCUGGCAGAGUGCUUUGACCGUCUCACCGGCGAGGAGGCUGUGGAGCUGACAUGUUCUGCAUGCGGCAGCAAGGAUGGGUACACCAAGCGCACCAUGUUCAAGACAUUCCCCGAGGUCCUGGUUGUCAACGCGCGCAAGAUGGCCAUUGUCAACUGGGUGCCCAUCAAGGUUGACGUGCCUGUCAUUGUCGGAGACGAGCCCUUCCUCUUGGAUGCCUACAUGUCCAAGGGUCAGCAACCAGAUGAAGAGGCAUUGCCCGAGGACGCGACGUCCGGCGGUGGCAGUGCGCCCGCUUUUGUUCCCAAUGCUGAGGCGCUUGCUCAGCUCGAGGCGAUGGGCUUCCCUCAGGUCCGCUGCGAGAAGGCGCUGCAUGCCACUGGCAACAGCGACGCCAAUGCUGCCAUGGAAUGGCUCUUCCAGCACAUGGAGGAUCCAGACAUUGACGCACCGCUUGACUUGGGCAGCAGCAGCGGUGGUACCGGCGCUGCUUCGACCGCCGACCCCGAGAAGAUCGAAAUGCUCGGUGCUAUGGGAUUCGGCGCCCCGCAGGCCAGGAAGGCACUGAAAGAGACGGGCGGUGACGUCGAGCGGGCCGUUGAGUGGCUCUUCAGCCACCCCGACGACCAGGGCGACUUCGACGAGGGCGGCGAGGGUGCUGCGUCUGGCGAGCCUAAGGAGAAAGUCCUCGCUGGAUCGGGCGACCUGCCCGCGCGGUUCCAGUUGCAGAGCAUCACUUGUCACAAGGGCACGAGCAUUCACACUGGACACUACGUCGCAUUUGUGCGCAAGCAUAUCGGCGACAAGGUUGCGUGGGUGCUCUUCAACGAUGAGAAGGUUGUCGAGGCUGUCGAUGUCGAUGAGAUGAAAAAGUUUGCCUAUGUCUACUUCUUCAAGAAGGUCUAG